AUGCGUCUAUACGCCUCCAUUAUAUCGCUCCUGUUAGCAGUCUCAUCCGUCACCGCAGCACCAGCGAAGGUUGCACGUGAAAUUGAGAAAGAACUUCCAGAUGGGCUGCCAUAUCCAAGCCCCAGCGAGCUUUCGUUGAUCGAACAAGCCGCACACGGAACUCUUCCGAAUGGACCACCUCCACCUGUGGUCAGCAACAAGGGAAUCACCAAUUUGAAACUGAUAGCAUUCAAUGAACUGUUUGAAGUAGCUUUCUUCCACGAACUUCUCACGAACAUCACCGAGAAUGUGGAGGGCUACCGCUUUACUGAUUCAGGAGAUCGUGACUUCGUCGCCAGAGCACUUACGGCUAUUGUUGCACAAGAGGAACUUCACGCGAUUAGAGCCAAUAAUGCCCUCGUUCACUUUGGUCAAAAGCCCGUCGAGCCUUGCGAGUAUACCUUCCCGGUUCAAGAUUUUGACACUGCCAUCAAACUCGCCUCCACCUUCACGGAUGUAGUCCUCGGAACACUGCAAGAUGCAGUCGAGCGCUUUGCCAUCGGUGGUGACUUUGACCUUUCUCGUGAAAUUGCUUCCGUGAUCGGAAAUGAAGGCGAGCAACAGGGUUGGUUCCGAAUUAUGCAAGCUCACGUUCCGAGUGAGCUUCCUUUCCUUACAACAUCGGAUCUCAAUUUCGCUUUUACUGCUGUCCAAGGCUUCACUAUUCCUGGAAGUUGUCCCAACAUCGACGAGAUUCCACUGCGCACUUUUGAGUCGUUGGAGAUCCUCACGACACCCAGGGCUGAGUCGGAGAAUCUCACUUUCGUGUUCGAGGAUAAGUCGAAUGAAAGCGAGCAUCUGUUGUGGGUAACAUACGUCAACCAGUUGAAUGUGCCAAUUGUACAACCUCUCCAUAUCACCUCUCGAGAGGGUACUCGAGUUGAAGCCACUGCACUGUUCCCGUAUAACGAUUAUGAGCUGAAUGGGUUGACGAUUGCGGCUGUGACGAAGAGUGAUGGACCGUUCACGGAUGUCAACACCGUGGCAAAGUGGACGCUUGCUGGACCGGGUCUUAUUAUCAUUGAUUGA